GUAACGUUCUACGUCGAACGGUUGUUCAGAGAAUUCGAAACGGAAGCUGGUCCGUCCGUUCUUUCGUCCGACUGUGGUCACAUCGAGUUCUGACCUUAUGAUCUGGUUAGCUCGCCUCAAAGGACAGCAAACAGACAUCUUGUCAUUAUCCUAUGAUUGUAAGCUCAUACAGAAUGCCUGGAUCAGCCCCAGCCAACGGCGAGGCCACGUGGCCCAAAGAUGUGGGCGUCAUCGCCCUGGAGAUCUACUUCCCGUCACAGUACGUGGACCAGGCUGAGCUGGAGCAGUUUGACGGCGUGUCGGCCGGCAAGUACACGGUGGGCCUGGGCCAGGCGCGUAUGGGCUUCUGCUCGGACUGCGAGGACAUCAACUCCCUCUGCCUGACGGUGGUCCAGCGGCUGAUGGAAAGGAAUGGCCUCUCCUACGACCAGGUGGGCCGUCUGGAGGUGGGCACUGAGACCAUUAUCGACAAGUCCAAGUCGGUGAAGACGGUGGUGAUGCAGCUGUUCGAGGAAUCGGGCAACACGGACGUGGAGGGGAUUGACACGACCAACGCUUGCUAUGGGGGCACCGCCGCCCUCUUCAACGCCGUCAACUGGGUGGAGUCUAGCUCCUGGGACGGUCGUUAUGCCCUGGUGGUGGCAGGAGACAUUGCAGUUUACGCCACAGGAAGUGCCCGGCCGACAGGGGGAGCCGGUGCGAUAGCCAUGUUGGUAGGGCCCAAUGCCCCACUGGCUUUUGACAGAGGUCUGCGGGGUACACACAUGCAGCACGCCUACGACUUCUACAAGCCAGAUAUGGCGUCAGAAUAUCCUGUGGUGGACGGAAAGCUGUCUAUCGAGUGCUACCUCAGCGCGUUAGAUCGCUGUUACUCUGUCUAUCGCAACAAGAUCCAUGCACAGUGGCAAAAAGAGGGUGUGGACAAGCGUUUUAGCCUGGAGGACUUUGGCUACAUGGUGUUCCACUCUCCCUACUGCAAGCUGGUGCAGAAGUCCUUAGCCCGUCUGGUGCUCAGUGACUUCCUCAACCACCCCAGGCCCAACACAGAGACUGGACCAUUCAGUGGCCUGGAGGCUUUCAGGGAGGUGAAGCCGGAGGAGACCUACUUCAACAGGGAUGUGGAGAAGGCCUUCAUGAAGGCCAGCACAGAGAUGUUUGAUCAAAAGACCAAGGCUUCCCUCCUCGUCUCCAACCAGAAUGGCAACAUGUACACCCCCUCUGUCUACGGCUGCCUUGCUUCUGUCAUCGCACAACACACACCUCAGCACCUGGCGGGCCAGAGAAUCGGCCUGUUCUCCUACGGCUCAGGGUUUGCCGCCACACUCUACUCCCUCCGAGUCUCCCAGGACGCCACGCCUGGCUCUGGAUUGGAUAAGCUCUGUGCCAGCCUGUGUGACCUGAAGGCCAGACUGGACUCCAGGAGGAAGGUGUCACCUGCCAUUUUCGCUGAAAACAUGCAGCUGAGGGAAGAGACCCACCACCUAGCACCGUACGCGCCCCAGGGCGCUGUGGAGGAGCUGUUCCCUGGGACGUGGUAUCUGACCCGGGUGGACGAAAAGCACCGUCGGGAGUACUCCAGACGCUCCCUGAACGACGACUUGCCCCUGGAGGCUGGCCUGGUCAACUCCACCACAGCAACUGAGCAGCACAUCCCAAGCCCAGUGAAGAAGAUGCCCCGCCUCCCCGCCUCCACAGCUGGUCCUGAGGCGGUCACCGUUAGCAACGGGGAUCAUUAAGCUAAGCUUACCUCUGUGAGGUACAGGUAGACAUGGAGGACGAUCAACAAAGGACAUUGGAAACACAAUUAUAAUGCUAGCAGAGAGGACCUUCUCCUCAGAGAUAUGUUUUCUAACAUAUUGCUGAAUGCUGCGUAAAACCAAGCUAUUUAACUGUCACAUCGUAGAAUUUAUCUUCAACCAUCAUUGCUCUCAAAUAUGUAACAGGGAGUAAUAUAUGAAAUGUGUGUAUUCCAUUGGAUGCAUGGAAAGGAAAAGUGUUUGUCAAGGUAGAAUAUAUUCCUAAAACUAAAAUCCUCAAGAUUCCACAUAAUUCCUGAGACCGGGUGAAAAAUUUGAUCAGAUUUCGGCUAUUAAGAUUAUGUUUUGCAUAAGUUUGCAUUUCCCUUUUUCAAAAAGAAUAAAAUAAAGUAUUUAUAGCCCAACAAAUUCAACAAGCAAUUUUUAUUUAAUUUUGGACCAAUUCUUUGUUAAAAAUAUUUUUUAUCUUACUUAUCAUGGCGCAAACUUAACAGUGGAAGAAGAAAAAAAUCAUAGUACAUUUAUUUGAUCCGGGUAUUGAAAAAACAAAAUGGAGAAGAAAAGUAGAAGGGAUGAAAAAUAGAAGCUCCAUCUUAAGUCAACUAUUAUCUUCACUCCUAGCACCAAGAGGAAAUGGAAGCUUGAGGAACAUGACUGCCUGCAGGCCUUUGGGGAUAAAAAGGGAAGUGAGGCCUCUUAACUGUUUGUUUAUCAAAUGCUGCUGCUACCGUUGCAACUUGCUGUAAUGACUUGAGCUGUACAAAGGAGCUACACCCCUACUAUACCUUAAGAUUGACCGCUUUCAGAAUACUUCCUUUUGCUAUAUAGGGGAAGUAACCCUGGAGCAAUUAAGGUUAAGUACCUUGCUCAAGGGCACAUCAGCAGAUGUUUCACCUACUUGGCUGGGGUAUUCGAACCAGCGACCUUUCAGUUACUUGCCCAAUAUUCUUAACCGCUAGACUACUAAUAGUCAGAAUGAGUUUUCUCUUAGGACUCUUUGUUAUACCACCAUGAACAAAUAUCAGGGAAGAGGGACUGAACGGUCUGAGUUACAUUUAAGUCAUUUAGCAGAUGCUCUUAUCCAGAGACACUUGCAGUAGUGAGUGCAUACAUGUUCAAUUGUUUUGUACAAGUCCCCCCGUGGAAAUCGAAACCCCACAACCCUGGCGUUGCAAGCUCUUUGCCCUACCAACUGAGCAACAAUUCAACAAACAUGUUUAAAUCAUGUGAUCAAUGUUUCCCACAGCGGUGAUUGCACUACAGACUGAAACGGUGAAAUGCCUCAAUUGAGCGUGCCGUUUUAUCAGAGCUUUUUUUCUCACCAGGCUCUGAUAAUCUAUACAAUAUGGAAAAUAACAUUUUGUUUGAGUUCUUGUUUGUCCUUAAAUAUUUUUUGGGAAAACAUUUCAGCAGAUAAAUCUAUUUCCUGGAAUUACGUAAAUUGACAUGGUCAAUUUAGUCUCAGUGCAGAAACUUUUAAAUCAGUUUUAAAAGACCGAUGUCCAACAAGUUAUUGUUUUAAUGUAGUGUGCAGAAGAAGGUGUUCACAUGUUCUGUGUCUCUACAACGUGUCUUUCCUUACUAGACUUAAGGGACCAGAUGCUGUCCUGAGAGGGUUGUGUUUUCUCCGAGGUCUCAAAUGUUUGUUUUUUUAACACUGACAGGGAUAGGACUAGUUAUAGACUGUAAAGAAACCAAAUCUUGACACAGGCAGAAAAUGCUCAGGCAGAAAUACCUGCAAACAUCAGCCUUAAAGGGUACAGAGUUGGGGGCACACUUAUUUUUUCCUUUCACAUAAAUGUUUUGCAUUUCCUCUGCAACGUUGGGCGACAGAGUUGCACACAGGGCUCACUUAUAGUCCAUUUCCAAUCUCUCAAGUUUGAGAAGCCUUACAAUAAGCAUGUACUAAAUGUAGAAAAUAGCUAUACUCAUAAUGUAGAUAUUUACAUUUUUAACAGCCAAGAUAAGUUGCCUCUGUUUAUCUGUGUAUGGCUGAUGUUUACAUUAUGUUUCUCUGAGAUCAGAUAAUUAAAAAAAAUAAUUGGUGAGUAAUGUAUAGUACUAACUAAGAUUAUUUAUAUUUGUAGAUAUAAAUAAAUUGGCGUCUGAUCAAGUGUCUCUUUUAUAGCAACGAUCUGUAUAGAGAUGAUGUAAUAACAAUGUAGAGAUGUAUUAAGAGAUGAACUGAAUAAUAAAUAUCUGUUCAUUUAAA